AUGCGCGUGGCUUUGACCGGAGGCUCGUCGGGGAUCGGGGCCGAAGUUGCCAGGAAGCUGGCGGAGCUCGGGCACGAGGUAACAGCGUUCGACAUCACCGAGCCACAGGUUUCUGUGGCGGAGUGGAUCAAGACGGAUCUGGGCAAUCCGGUUUCGAUCCGGUCGGCGGUCGAAGCUGCUUCCGGAUCUUUUGAUGCGCUCAUCAACAAUGCCGGACUGCCGCCGCGCGACGGGCUGGAAGAGGAAAUCAUUCAGGUGAACUGGUUCGGGUUGCGCAGUUUGAUGGACGGCAUGCUGGACAAGCUGGAAACAGGUGCUGCGAUCGUCAAUACGGCGUCGCGGGCAGGGGCAAUGUGGCGGGAUAACCUUGAGGAGGUCAAGGCAUUGAUGUCUCUCCAGCCGGAUGGACUUCCGGCGUUCAUCAGCGAAAGAGACAUUGACGCGACGCGGGCCUACAAUCUUUCCAAAGAGGCGGUGAUCGUCAUGACCAUGGCCGAAACCGAAAACAUGAUUGCAAGGGGCCUCAGAAUGAACUCCGUCAGCCCGGCCGCCGUCAGCACCGGCAUCUUGCAGGACUUCGCCGCAGCCUUCGGAGAUAGGAUGGUGAAAAACGUGGCGCGCGCCGGCCGGCCCGGCCUGCCGGAGGAAGUCGCCGAGGUGAUCGUCUUUCUGGCCUCGCCGGAAAGCGGUUGGAUCAAGGGCCAGGACGUAACCAUCGAUGGCGGCAUGAGCGCGAUGUCGGUGAGCGACAAGCUGGACUUUUGA